AAAAACAUCUCGCCAGAUACAUAGAUAGAUAAACUCCGAUCUCUCUCUCUCUCUCUCUGCACGUCGACUUCUUGUUUUUUUUUUUUUGUGAAGAUGAAAGCUUUCUGCAUAUUCGUCGUCUCAUUGCUUCUCACCGUUAAUUCCAGGGGAGAAGCUACCUCUUCUGUUUUCUUCAUUGAUGGAUCCAACAACCAAUUUCUUCGUCCACCAUCAGCCGAGGCGCUUCCCAUGUCGCUCUCUGAGGUAUCUGCAUCAGUAUCUGCCUUGUUGGGUUUUGCACCUCCAUCUACUUUGACUGCCCAUGGCUCCUCCAAGCUGAACAAGAUUCUAAAGCCCAAUCCGUUUGAGAGGCCUCGUGCUGCUUUUGUGCUAGAAAUCGCCGGAGCUCAUGAUGCGCUUGUGGAAGCCUACACUAGUCAUUCUUUCUUGGGCGAUUCCAUAAGAGGCAGUAUCAGUUCUGAUUCUUACAAUGCUGAUAUUGAACUUCCAGGAAGUGGAGUUGCUGUUGUGUCUGUCAACGAACCCUCAUCUCAUGUGACUGACAAAGACAUGAAUGAGUUUGCAUCUUGGUUGGGUGGGUCGUAUGUUACUGACUCUGCUGAACCAUUGGCUGGAUUGCUGAGUAUCCCUCUGGCUGAUGGUGCUAAUGUGGAGUUCCAUUUGGAAAAGGAAGCAGAGAGGAAAUUUGCAUUGAACCUUUUGGAUCUAUAUAAUAAUAUCAGAGGAGUAGUCAACCUUCAUGGGGAUUUAUCUCAUGGUAUUGAGAGACCUGCUGAACUAACGGUUGGACGCUUUGUCGGUAUUAAUGUUUUAGCAGAGGAGUAUGGGCAAGGUAUGGCUAAGCAAGGGAUGGAUGUAUUGCUUGCCACACUAUCUAAGCUAUUUGAUAUGUUGGAGACGUCUCACAGAGGCCAAAUUGUUGGAGUGAUCGUCCUUGAUGAGAGAGUAAAUCAAGAAUCAGCUAAUCUGCUGAGCGUUGAGUCUUCUUCUCGUUCAUCUGCAAGGUCUAUGGCUGAGGUAGAGGGAAUUCCAAGUGCAGCCAUUAUCGCUCAAGUUAUACUCGUUAGGCUGACGCUUGCAUGGUUAACUGGAAUAAUCCUUCUCAUUGCAACUAUCCUUGGGGUGUACUUCCUUAUGUACAUGCCUUUGACCAAGGACACGCUCCUAUACUCAAACGUGAAGCUCGAUUAAGACAUAAAUAUACAAAACGUCAAGUGAAUCUUCAGAUCGAUCGUUUACAUCUUUUUUGUGUGUAUCAAGCCGUGUUUUUCAACUGGCUGCAUUAAACCAGUAUUAUUUUGAAUGUUUCAAGAGAAGGUUGACACUUUUUGUGGCCAAACCAGUUGAUUUGUUUAUCUGUAUAUUGUUGCAAUAAGGUUUCAUUCUUGAUUUUAUUAUUGUUUUCUUCUUUACAUACAUGUGAGUCUCAGUCCUAUUAAUAAUAAAGAUCGAUUUGGACA